GCGUCCCGGACGCGCCAUCAAAGGCGAUGCAUUCAUGACUGGUCUGGACGACAUACUUGGGAUUGUAGUGUUCCUUUGAUGGCGAAGCCGACGCGCCAGCGUCUGGAGAACGAACUGGAUACGCAGGAGAGUCCGGAAGUUGACAUCGAAGAUCUCAUGCACUCGCUUGGGUCGUUCCAAGCAGUGUUGCUCCCAGUCACCUUGACGAUGGUGUUGUCGAGCUUUGCCUCUAUUUUGAUCCGAGACCCUGACGCCGCUGCGCAGAUGGCACAAGCGUACCUUGUGUACAAGCCCGACGAUAGCGACUCAGACAGUGCGCUUCUUGGCCAUGCCUUCGUGAACGCGCUGGCGAUUGUGUGCUUUUUCAUCGUCGCGACGUUCGUAAUUGUCAUUUGCUACAAGUUCAAGUUCACCAACUUUCUCGUCGGGUACAUGUUCCUGUCGUCUGCCGUGCUUCUCGGGUUCCUUGGCGGUCGGUUGGCUGAAGUCGCGCUCGAAAAUUUGAGCGUUCCCGUCGACGUGUGGUCGUAUUGGUUCAUCAUGUACAACUUUGCAGUCGUGGGAGUUUUGUCGAUCUUUUACCAAAAGGGUGUAAACAUGUCGUUGACGCAGUCGUACUUGGUCGCGGUGUCCAUCAUCAUGGCGUGGCAACUCAGCAAGUUUCCGGAAUGGACGACUUGGGCUCUCGUGGUCGUCCUCGCGUUCUACGAUCUGUGUGCCGUCCUUACACCAUGCGGGCCGCUCAAGUGCUUAGUCAACCUCAUCCAGCAGGAAGGUCGUCCGCUGCCUGGUCUGCUGUACGAGGCCGAGGUGCAGCGCACAUUUCACUCUGACGCCCACAGCCCAUCAUACUACCAACGUGGUGGGCCACCAUGCCCUGAACAGGCAACUGGCACACAAACCACUUGCACGUUUACGCGGCGUCGUUCUCGCCCCGACGACAGCCACGAACCGUUGCUGGCGGCUGCGUCGUCGACGGACACCUCUGAGAUGACGACGACAGCCAAGCUGCCGCUCCGUGACCGACUUGUGGCUUUCUACAACGAGUACAAUCCUUCAGCCAUCGAGCGAGUCGACCAAGUGCUCGCUAUUUACGAAGGGCGAGAGCGUGAUCUGUGGAACGACCUGGCGGCCAAGUAUGGCCCCCACGACGAUGACGAGGACGACAACACAAUCAAGCUCGGACUUGGCGACUUUGUCUUUUACAGCGUUCUCGUGUCGCGCGCAGCCAUGUUUGACGUGAUGGCGAUGAUUGCAUGCCUCGUAUCGAUCCUCAUGGGCCUGGGCAGCACGCUCUUCCUCCUCAGCGUGUACAAGAAGGCGUUGCCUGCGCUCCCGAUCUCGAUCUUGCUAGGCGUAGCUAUCUAUCUCUGGGUCCGCUUCGUCCUGGUCGACUUUAUGGACAGCACUGUCGUGAUGCAAUAGCUGUACGGGUGGAGAAGGGAGAUAUUCCAGCGAUAUCACCCAAGAUAAAAUAUUUUACGGCAUUCCAUCGUCCUGUCAAGUGCUGGUUGUCGAUGUGCGACUUGUGUUUACGAUCUUGGCUUUGCUGGCGUGCCAACUCGGCAACGACAUGCUCA